GCCUCACGUUGACCUGCGUGUGUUUGAGCAGGGAAGUGUUAUAACACGUCCCUGGUUUGAGAUGCUAAAAGCUUUAUACACGGAAAUAUCAUACCCUGAGCAACACAUAAGCAAGGAGUAUACAAUUAGGAGGAGGAAAGAGGAAGUUCGACAAUGUGCAGUGUCUGAAGCGAAUAAAUCCAUCUGGUCCGACGGUCUGACUUGUUGGCGAUAGGUCAGGAGUGAAAAAUCAUUGUUUUGGAGCCAUUAUUUUUUUUCAGUCAUCGAUAUAUAGGAGCGUUUGGUCACUUUGGUGCUUUACAUAGCUAUAGUGAGGAGGCUUGACGAAAGUACGAAAACAACGAGAGAGCACCUCUCCUUGGGGGAGAAAAUCACCAAAACAUGGGCAAGAAGGACGAAGCAAAGAAAGCGACUGAGAAUGGGGGUUACGGCGGAGUGAAGUCCUCUGGAGUGGCCAUUAAAGAGCUUGGAGAUGACAGCGAUACCAGCAGUGUCGAAAUUAAGGACGGUGAGGAUAAAAGGAAGGUUCCAUUGAGUACACUGUUCAGGUAUGCUACUGCUUUUGAUUAUUUCAUCAUGGUCAUCGGAGGUAUCGCUGCCUUGGCACACGGUGCUGGCUGGCCGGUACUCAAUCUUUUCUUCGGUGAUCUUAUUGAUGAAUUCAUCGGCUUUGAUACUGAUAAUACCACUGCUAUUCCAAUCCUUCCACCUGGCGUGACGUACCCUCCCUUUGAUCCGAUGGAAGAAUUUGAUAAGCAGAUGACAAAAUAUGCCUUGAUAUUUACUUAUGUCGGGAUAGCCGUUGUGUUUGCUUCAUACACACAGGUAUCAUGUUGGAGUCUGUCGUGCGAGAGGCAGAGCCAUAAACUAAGGAAGGAAUUCUUCCGAGCCAUUCUCCAUCAAGAGAUUGCAUGGUUUGAUAAGCACCAAAGUGGAGAGCUUACGUCUAGAUUAGCAGAUGAUAUGGAGAGGGUUCGAGAAGGUCUCGGUGACAAGAUCGCUGUAUGCUUUCAGUUUCUAUCCCAGUUUGCAACAGGUUUUGCCAUUGGAUUUUGGAAGAGUUGGGAGCUAACUCUUGUCAUCAUGUCACUGACGCCUCUUCUUGCUAUAGCAGGUGGAUUCAUGGCCUACUUGAUAACAUCAUUCUCCAAAGCAGAGCAGGAGGCCUAUGCCAAGGCUGGAAGUGUUUCUGAAGAGGUUUUGGCUUGCAUUAGGACUGUCAUAGCAUUUGGAGGGGAACACAAAGAAAUUAAGAGAUAUGAGAAAGAGUUGGAAGGUGCAAAGAAGAUUGGAAUAAAGAAAGGAGUCAUCACGGCCUUUGGUCUUGGUCUAACUUUCUUUAUCAUGUUCUCAGCGUAUGCAUUAGCUUUCUGGUAUGGGCCUAAGAUGGUCAGCGAAGGUCGUCUAACUGGAGGAGAGGUCAUGACCGUCUUUUUCUGUAUCAUGAUUGGUUCGUUCUCAAUCGGGAACAUGAUCCCGCCUCUCAGCACUGUUGCAACGGCAAGGGGAGCGGCCGUGAUGCUCUUUGAUGUUAUCGAUGAGGAGCCUGUAAUCGAUAUGCGCUCCGAGGAAGGUCUAAAACCCAACACCAUUACAGGGAACAUUGACUUUGAAAAGGUUGAAUUCACGUACCCAUCUCGACCUGAUGUACCCGUCUUGAAGGGUAUAAGUCUGAGCGUUAAGACAGGACAGACUGUCGCCCUCGUGGGUUCUAGCGGAUGUGGGAAAUCAACCACAGUCAAUCUCUUGUUGAGGUUUUAUGAUAUUCUUAGAGGAAGGAUAUUAAUCGAUGGCAACGAAGUCCGCGACCUGAACCUUCGAUGGCUUCGUCAACACAUUGGUGUCGUGAGCCAGGAGCCGGUCCUGUUCAACUGUUCCAUAGAAACCAACAUCUCUUACGGACGUGAUGGUGUCACUAAGGAAGAGAUGGUGAAUGCUGCUAAGAUGGCCAAUGCUCAUGAUUUCAUUAUGAAAUUACCCAAGGGUUAUGAUACCAUCGUUGGUGAGCGUGGAGCCCAGCUGUCUGGUGGUCAGAAGCAGAGAGUAGCCAUCGCUAGAGCUCUGGUCAGUAACCCUAGUAUUCUACUCCUGGACGAAGCUACUUCUGCUUUAGAUAGCGAGAGUGAGAAGGUGGUCCAACAGGCCUUAGACAGGGCCUCGGAGGGACGCACCACCAUCGUCAUCGCCCAUCGCCUGUCAACCAUCCAGAAUGCCGACAUCAUCUACGCAUUGAAUGAUGGGAAGGUGGUGGAGUUUGGAACCCACGCGGAGCUAAUGAAAGCUGAUGGAACCUACAAACAAUUGGUAACCCUCCAGAUGAUAGGCACAGAGGAAGGAGAAGAUGAAGAGGAUGAAGAAGGAGACCUGAAACACCAGCCAAAUAAGCUGGCUAGACAGCUCUCUCAUCAGAAGUCUCGUCACAUGUCAACAAGCAGUGAUCAGGAUAAAAAGAAAGAUGAGACAGAAGAGGAGGAAGAAGAGAUUCCUAAAGCUAGUUACUGGGAGGUUCUGAAGCUGAACGCCCCUGAGUGGUAUCUGAUCGCCAUCGGCUGUUUCUUUUCAGCCAUUCUCGGAGUCACCAUGCCGGUCUUUGCUAUCCUUUUCAGUGAGAUCAUCAAGAUCUUUAGUUUACCUGACGAUGAGAUGAUAGAGCAAGCCGUGUUUUGGUCCUGUAUGUUUGUAGCUCUGGGCGGGACCAUGUUUGUUGGAUAUGCCGUCAGCAUCACAUGUCUUGCAAUAUCCGGAGAACAACUGACGAUGCGGCUACGUAGUAAAGCAUUCUCCACCAUUCUCAGACAGGACAUUGCCUACUUUGACCAACCUACUCACAGCACUGGUGCCUUAGCUACACGUCUUUCUGCUGAUGCUUCUAAUGUGAAAGGGGCCACAGGGGUGCGUCUCAGCACUCUCUUCCAGACAGCGGUUACCUUGGCUGCAGCCAUUGUUAUAGGGUUUGUCUUUGGCUGGAAGUUGGCCUUGGUUGUCUUAGCUUGUGUCCCAUUGCUUGUUGUUGCUGGUGGGUUGCAGCUGAAGCUCAUGCAAGGAACUCAGAAAAGAGACUCUGAAUUACUUGAAGAAGCUGGAAAGAUUGCUGCUGAAGCAAUAGAGAAUGUCCGAACUGUUGCCUCACUCACCCUAGAAGAUAAAAUGUACCAGGGAUAUGCUGAAAUGCUCCAGCUGCCAUUUCGUCAGGGCCAGAUCAACACGCAGUCUUAUGCCAUAGCCUUUGGUAUCACCCAAGGAAUGGUGUUCUUCCUGUAUGCUGCAGCCUUCAGGUUUGGGGGUUACCUCGUUGCUCAGGGAGAGAUGACCACAGAUGAAGUAUUCAAAGUUGUCUUUGGUAUUGCCUUUGCUGGUAUUUCACUUGGUCAAGCCUCAGCAUUCUUGCCAGACUACGCCAAAGCCAGGCACUCAGCCAACAUCAUCUUGAAUUUAUUUGCUACCAAACCUCUCAUUGAUAACUACUCCAAGAGUGGCCUAAAACCAAGUAAUUUGAAUGGAGAGAUUUCCUAUGAUACCAUCAAUUUCAAGUAUCCUACAAGACCUGACAUUGAGAUUCUCAAAGGACUGAGUCUCACCAUCAAACCAGGCCAGACUUUGGCUCUUGUAGGAGAGAGUGGAUGUGGAAAGAGUACCUUGGUAUCACUUCUAGAGAGAUUCUACGAUCCAGAACAAGGCUCUGUGACUGUUGAUGGCAAUAGCAUCAAAGAUCUCAACGUCCAGUGGCUCAGAGCAAACAUGUCAGUGGUUAGUCAGGAGCCUAUUCUCUUUGCCUGUUCAAUCAAAGAAAAUAUCCAGUACAGCGUGGAUAAGGAGAUGGACAUGGCUGAUAUCGAGAGGGUCGCCAAGAUGGCUAAUAUCCACUGUUUUAUCUCAAGUUUGCCUAUGGGAUAUGAUACCCUAGUGGGAGAGAAAGGAGCUCAGUUAUCUGGAGGUCAGAAACAGAGAGUAGCCAUCGCCAGAGCUCUGGCUAGGAAUCCACGGAUCCUACUCCUCGAUGAAGCUACUUCAGCACUUGAUACAGAAAGUGAAAAGAUUGUGCAAGAGGCUCUGGACGCUGCGGUAGAAGGCCGGACCUCGAUCGUCAUCGCUCAUCGUCUCUCCACGGUUCAGAACGCUGACGUCAUCGCUGUUAUCAGAGAUGGGGUCGUCGUGGAGAGCGGAAGUCACCAAGAACUUCUCAACAAGAAGGGUCAUUAUUACACCCUGACAGGAGGUCAAAGGUCAUAAUAACCAUUGCCAGGAUAGACUACUAUCCAGCCUUUUAUAAGAAAAAAAUAUAUGAUUGUUUUAUCUCAUUCAUCUCAGAGAUACCAUAAUAUGCCAUCGUGUGCCCUACAAAAAAUACUUUCUUCCUGCUAAGAUUUUGUUGUUGGUUUACAUGAACUAUUAUAGUGCUUAGGUUUAUAUCUACCAUGAUAUGGUAAGAAUAAAUGUACAUUACAAAGACCUGUACCUGAAAUCAUUUCUUGCCUUGAAGUACAGGUGUAGAAACAUGGAAUCAUGCUUCAGCUUCAUGCGGGGGCAUCGUGGUCUAGUGGUUACAAUUCUUGUCUUUCAAUCAGGACGUGGGUUCGAAUCCCAGCCAUGGCGGUUUUUUCCUUCAGCAAGAAUUUUACCCAUAUUGUUCUGCACUCGACCCAGGUGAGGUGAAUUGGCUAAAAAGCCGGGGUAAUAAUAUGAUACCAAGUAUCAAGCGCAGUAGAGUAUAUACAAUUAUAUCAGCUGUGCUGUAAAAAUGGAUCAUAUUAUCAUUAUAUAAUGCUUCUCAGCGGGGGUAAUAAUAUGACACCAAGUAUCAAGCACAUUAGAGUAUAUACAAUUAUAGUAGCUGUGUUGUAAAAAUGGAACAUAUUAUUAUAUGAUGCUUCUCAACUGGGGGAUGUGACUCUAAAGAUCAUCCUCUGAAAUAUUGUUAUGUCCAUUGAUUAAUUGGAGGCUCAGUGGCAUCUCUGCUUAAAGCCACAGCUUUUUUUAGGCUACAAACAAGGUCACACUGUAAAAGGCAAUUUAAUAAAUCACCUAGCUCGGGGAACUGUCUGGAUUUUGACAGAGUAAAUUAUUAUACGUGUACCAAAAUGGCUCAAUCUUAUUAAUUGGCAUGUUGUACUUAAUAUGUAAAGUUGCACAUAUAGUCAAUGUGGUGUUCAAAUCUUGUGUCUCAAAACUUAAAUUUUGAGGACAGGUUGGAAAAUAUUUAAAUAAGUAGAGUUAUGACUUAAGUAACCUGCCUUUGCCUACAAAAUGUUCUGUGCAGGAAUUAGGUGGCUCUUUUCAGACAAGUUGAUGUUAACACCAUUGCCAUGUUUUUAAAAGUACGGCUAUUUCUGAGCUGCCAUCGAAAUGUUUUGAAUUUUGAUAUGCAAGGUUUCAACAACCUCAUUGAACUACGUUUUUACACCUUUUACCUUGCUAUUGAUUCAACGCUUGGCUUUGCCUAUGUACAGUGUUAUACAUGUAUCGUAUCUGACAUUUCAGUAUUUUAAUAUACAUAGAACUUAGCCAAGCAAAAAGGUCUGCUGCUUCUUAUGUCUUAUGUUUUGUUUAUUUGUUUGAUCUUAUUUUUUUACUUGAUAUGUAUUGUGAUGUGCAGUUAAGUAUAUCUGUAUUAGUGCACAAUAUAACUUCACAGUUUUUAUUAUUAUUGAUAUUAUUAUUAUUAUUUUCAUCAUGAUCAUCAACAUCAUCAUCAUCAUCACCAUCACCAUAAUCAUCAUUUCAUUACCAAUUACUUACAAAUAAAAGAAAUAUGCAAAGACAUGCUCCAGUGGUUAUGCACUUUGAAGGAUAUUCUAGUAUUAAGCGAUUUAUGCCAUAUUUUGAGCCAGUGAAUCAAUACGUGUGUGUAGUUUAUGAAAAGAUUUUUCUUUUACGUUUGGAAAUGAAAUAAAACUCUAUUGUUAUUUUCAAGAUAAAGUCAUCUUUUUGGGAAGUUUUAUGUAAGAUUUUGUGAUGAGUAUGAUAUAUAUGUCUGUUUUAACAUCUCAUUUUAAAGAAGUGAGAUACAAAUCUUUAUCUUAUUUUCACUUUCAAUUUUUUCAUUGUAUCUCUGUCUAUAUACAUUGUAGUUUUAAAAAAAUAUAUGUAUUAUGUCAAAUUCCAUCAUGCAAAGUUUGCAAUAGAAAUUGAGAGUAUGACUAUUAUACAGGGAAAAUCAUACAGAUUUUAUAUAAAUGACAUUCCUGAUUUUAAAAAAAGUUGUGGCUAGUAUUACACUCAUUUACCCAGGUUUAUACCUGUGACGAAGCUGGCACUGUAUUCAGAACCAAAGUAGACUUGGUGGGUGUUUCAUAAAGCCGUUUGUAAGUUACAAGUGACUUAUAAACGAUUAGCGAUUCUUUCUUGUGUUAAAUGAUAUCCACUCCAUAUUUUCAUCGGUGCUGAUUUUGAUCCUGAGAAAGGAUCACCAGUCUUUUGUAAAGUCGCUCCUAACUUAAACACAGCUUUAUGAAACACCCACUGGGCUCAGAUAUAGUAUGCAGGAGAAGUGCUAGGCUCCGGUUAUGCAGUUAUUUGUGAUCAUUUGCAAAAUUCAUUGUCACUUGCACAUAUUGCAUCAAGGACUCUGACUGUAUGAUGGUAUGUAUAUUUAGCAAUAUGUGCAUUCAAUUAUGUACUGGAUAAGCAAUUGCAAUUUUGCAUUUAAUCACUUUUCUAGGAACCUGAUGUCUAUAGUUUUUAUUGAUUUCAUCUUUGCUUUUUUAAACAUGUGACAUAAAAUUUUAGCUCUAAGGUGGGAGAUAUAUUAUAUGUCAAGAAUGUGAAGAAGUUAUAUUGAGUAAGGAUUUAAAAAAGCAAAUUAUCAUUGUAUACUUUAUGUAAUGCAAUAUAAAUUAUUUGUAUCAUGUUGUGUAGGAAAAACAAUGAGGGCUUUAUACCUCAGUCAUAUUUGCUCUACGGCGGCCGUAAGGUGAGUCGAAAACGACAGUUUUAUUCAUUUUUAUUCAAACCACGUAUACGUAGCUAUUACAAAAAAUGUUAAAAUGGCUGUUUUUUACUCGCUAUGUGGCGGCCUUAGAGUAAAUGUGACCGACUCGAGGUAUGAGAAAGACUUUUUCAAUGUUAUUUUAUCAUGAUAAAUAAUUUUUUUUUUUUCUCAGUUACAGUGUAUCUAAUAAAUUACCAAUGUUACAUUGGAUUUAUAUCAGAAUACAUAAAUAAAUAUUUUAGGUAAUUGUGUUUGAUACAAUUUCUUACUCAUUUUGUUGUAUUAUUUUUAUACUACAUAGAAGGAGAUUUUAAUUUACCAUUUUAUAUGUAGUAUUAUGCAUCAUGUUACCAAUGUAUGAUAUACAUACAAUGUAUGAAUAGAAGUACACUCUGUGGUUUAUUGAUGAAAGAAAGCAUCAUCUCAAAUGUUUUACAGUGGCGUUAAAUAAUACAAUAAUAAAAAUAAAAAAAAUAUUUAGUUUCCAAAUGAAAUUGCCCUUGUGUGUGAGCCGAAUUUCAGGAAUUUCAAAAUGAUGAAAAAAAUAUGAUUUUGUUCAUAAUGUUUAUUGUGAUAAUGUUGAUGAUAAAUAAUGCACCAUAUUGAUGAAUAAAUGAAUCAUGAUUCAUUUGUAA